AUGUCUUCAAAGUCAAAAUCAAAGCUACCUUCGCUGAAAUCAAUGUCUGCUACUGAUGAGCUGAAAUAUAAGCGAAAAUACAAGGAACUAAAAAAAAAAAUUAGAGAAAUGGAAGAGGAAAACGAGAAACUGACGCUGAAACUGACCAGAGCCAAAAAGAACAUACAACGCCUACGAAUAGAGCGCAGCUUUCUAUUUGAUCGAUUAGAACAGUCACAGCAAACCAAUGAAUCUGAUUCAGAAGGGUCUUCACAAGCUGAAGGAGAAUCAGAUGAGGACUUAACUUCGUCAGAAGAGGAGUCACACGAGGCACUCGAAGAGGAAGAAGAGGAUCAACGAAGCGGAAAACGAAGACGUGCAGUCAUAAAAGAUCCCAAUGCGCCAAAGCGACCACGAAAUGCCUUUUUGAUCUAUUGCAAGGAUGAACGAGAGCAGGCCAAAGAAGAGAAUAAAGGGUUUCAGAAUGUUACACGAAUCCUGAGUCAACGAUGGAAAGAUCUUUCGGCUGAAGAGAAAAAGAAAUAUUUCGACCAAUAUGAUAAAGAAAAACAGCGCUAUGAAAAAGAAAUGUCUUCAUAUGUGGGAACAUCUGCAAGCGAGGUUGACAAUCCUCUAAAUCCCACCUCUAAUAGUAAGCAGCAUCGUCCAGAUGCAUUGGUCGCAACACCAGAUACUACAGGAUCACAUCAGAAACGUAAAUAUCGUAAAUCACGAGAUAAUCCAAUAGAACAAUUUAAUAAUAAUUCAGUUGUGAAUAAUAGUCAUAAUAGUAACGAUGACGAUAGAAUGAGAAUAGAUGAGGAAAAUUUUGAAGAAAACGACGAAGAUAUGAGUGAGGAAAUUGACCAAUUAAGGGAUGAUAUUGAUGAAAACCGGAAAAGCAUGGAAGAUGAGGAUGAGAAUAAUGAGGCAGAAUUUGAUAAUGAAGUUGAAGAUGAUGCUGUUAUAGAUGGUGACGGCACGGGAACUGAAACGGAUAAUGAAGAUGAGGAUGGGUACUAG